GCUGUCCCCGGCUGCGCCCAGGCAGGCGCGGGCGCAGGAUCUGCAGCUGCCGGCGGCCCGCGCACCACCUGUUUCCGCCCGCGGGGACUUCCCCUGGCGGGGCGCAGCAGUGUGCGUCGGGGGGCUGAGGUGGGCCUCUCGGCCUCCUCGGGCGUCAGAGGCGCAGGCUGCGCUCGUCCAGCGCGGCCUCCCGUGGGAAGCCCUGCCUGUGCACCCUGGGCAAGGCCUCGGAGAAGCAGGACGCCGCCCGCGCCAGAGCAGAAACCUCAGAGAAACAUGAAGCCUGCAGCCAUCUGGAACUCGGAAACUCAUUCUGGACUGCCUGUGGCUUCUAGAACAUGCAGGUGUUCUGCAGAUGCAAGCUUUUCCCUGUAAUCACCAGGUGGGGUCUCCAGCCGAUGGGAGGCCCGCUCUGUGGCCCCUACACGCAGCAGGGUGGCUCUCUGAGGGACCCAGGACCUUGCUGACACCGCAUCUAACUGUCGUACCCAACUGCUUAUGUGUUGAGCCACAGGGAGAGACAUCUACAGAACCCAGGCAUGCCGAGGCAGGGCUUGUACCUUUCCUGACCCCUGAAUUAAGAUUCAAGCCUUGUCUCAUUAGCUCCACCAUCCCUGUGGCCAUUGCCACCAACGCCACUGCUGCCCCCCUGGGAGUUGCUUGCAGACCGCAGCCCAGCUCCCCAGGGACCUCCAGCAUUGCAAGACAAUAGAAAGGGAACUCUUGGGAAAGUGCCCUGCCCAUCUGCUCCCCCGCUGCCAGUCAAUCACUGUGGACAGCUGGAAGCCCCACCCUUUACGCCAUGGGCUGCCUCUUCCUCAAGGUGUUGCUGGUGGGAGUGAGCCUAUCAGGCGUCCUGUAUCCUCUUGUGGAUUUUCGCAUCCGUGCGAAAACAGGAGACCAGAGACCGAACUUCGUGAUCAUUUUGGCUGAUGAUAUGGGCUGGGGUGACCUGGGAGCCAACUGGGCUGAAACAAAGGACACAGCCAGCCUCGACGAGAUGGCCUCACAAGGAAUGAGGUUUGAAGAUUUUCACGCGGCUGCUUCCACCUGCUCGCCCUCCAGAGCCUCCCUCCUCACGGGCCGGCUCGGCCUCCGCAAUGGAGUCACGCACAACUUCGCGGUCACGUCGGUCGGGGGCCUUCCUCUCAAUGAGACCACCCUAGCAGAGGUGCUGCAGCAGGCGGGCUACGUCACUGGGAUGAUAGGCAAAUGGCAUCUUGGGCACCAUGGCUCUUAUCACCCCAACUUCCGUGGUUUUGAUUACUAUUUUGGAAUCCCAUACAGCCACGACAUGGGCUGCACCGACGACCCAGGCUACAACCAGCCACCCUGUCCAGCGUGUCCACGCCAUGACGGGCCAGCGAGUGGGCAUCAGAGAGACUGUUACUCGGACCUGGCCCUUCCGCUCUACGAGAAUCUCAACAUCGUGGAGCAGCCCGUGAACCUGAGCAGCCUGGCCCAGAAGUACGUGGAGAAAGCGACCCAGUUCAUCCAGCAUGCGAGUGCCAGCGGAAGACCCUUCCUGCUCUACGUGGCCCUGGCCCACAUGCACGUGCCCUUACCUGCAGCCGAGCCGCCAGCAGACCCACAGGGCCCAGGCCCAUAUGUUGCAAGUCUCCGAGAGAUGGACUGGUUGGUGGGUCAGAUCAAGGACAAAGUUGACCGCACAGCACAAGAAAAUACACUCCUCUGGUUUACAGGAGACAACGGGCCCUGGGCUCAGAAGUGUGAGCUGGCGGGCAGUGUGGGGCCCUUCACUGGAGCGUGGCAGACUCAUCGAGGGGGGAGUCCAGCCAAGCAGACCACCUGGGAAGGAGGCCACCGGGUCCCGGCGCUGGCUUACUGGCCAGGCAGAGUACCAGCCAAUGUCACCAUCACUGCCUUGCUAAGCGUGCUGGACAUCUUCCCCACCGUGGUAGCCCUCUCCGGGGCCAGCCUGCCUCCAGGCCGGCACUUGGAUGGCCUGGAUGUCUCCGACGUGAUCUUUGGCCGCUCCCAGAUUGGACACAGGGUACUGUUCCACCCCAACAGCGGGGCAGCUGGUGAGUUCGGAGCCCUGCAGACUGUCCGCCUGGGGCCGUACAAGGCCUUCUACGUCACUGGUGGAGCCCAAGCUUGUGAUGGACACACUGGGCCUGAACAGCAUCACGAGCCUCCUCUUAUUUUCAACCUGGACAGUGAUGUGGCAGAGGGUGUGCCUCUGCCGAGCGGUGGCGCCCAGUAUCAGGCCGUGCUGCCCAAGGUGAGACGGGCUCUGGCCGACAUCCUCCGAGACAUUGCUGGCGACAGGGUCUCCCAGGCGGACUAUGCUCACGAUCCCUCAGUGGUCCCCUGCUGCAAUCCUUCCCGAGUUGCCUGCCGCUGCCAAGCCAAGGAGCAGAACUUUCUGCAGGAAGAGACCUCUGGACAUUAGACGGGCAAGUUCACUUUCAAACUGCGUUUCACCCCCUUUACAGACACCUGCUUCAAAAAAUAAAUGUCAGAAUUCUGCUGUGAGGCCACCUCUCUGCCAGCCAGAGAGCAGCUGAGCUGAGUACA